AUGGACGAAAACUUGGAUGAAAGCGCCAUACGCGAGUUGGAGGAGGUCCUCCACACGAAAAUUUACCCUGGAACGGAGAUUAUGCAAGAUGUGGGAACUCACCACUUCGUCAAGGGCAGCAACCGCGGUGUUCUCGUUCCUCAGCCAUCCGAUGAUCCCCGUGACCCCCUGAACUGGUCCCCCUUCUGGAAGGCGGCGACGAUCUUUUGUGCCACGGCUGUUUCCUUCAGUCAGAACCUCGGGCCCCUUGCCCUUGCGCCUAUGUUUGGAAACUACAUCCAGUUGUACAAUCGCAGCCUUGCGGACGUUGUCCAAUUCACGGGAGUUGCCAUCCUGGUUCUGGGCUUCAGCAAUUUCAUCUGGGUGCCGAUGAGCACCUGCUUUGGAAGACGCCCCGUCGCAAUCCUUUCCAUGACAAUAUGUGUUAUCUCUUCAAUCUGGAGAGCAAAAGCCAAGGAUUACAACAGCUUUAUGGGCGCUUCCGUUCUCAAUGGGUUAGGCGCGGGCCCUUGUGAGACGCUGAUGCCUCAAGUCAUUGCCGAUAUAAUCUUCUUGCAUGAUCGAGGAAAGUACCAGACACUCUACUUCAGUCUGUAUUUCGGGUCUUUGAUGGUUGGGCCUAUCAUCAGCGGUGCAAUGGCUGAGCAUACCGGAGUGGAAAGCUUCUGGUGGUUCAACACGGGCAUGUUGCUCUUUACGCUGGUGAUCUGCAUAUUCCUCUUCCCAGAGACCCGGUACCACAGAGCCUGGGAAACAGGUGACGCACCGAAGCCACCGCCGGUCAGAGACCCAAAUGCGAUCAGCGACAAGGCAGAGAGCUCAAUCCACGAGAAGCGCAGCGGGAGUGAUCACGAGGAGUCCUUGGGAGCGCCAGUCACUCAAGCAGCAACACAACACAGCGCCGCCCUUGAUAACAGGAUUGAUCACACCCAAACGCAUGUCGAUCCAUGCCUGGGCAAGGGUGGUCCGGGCAAAAAACAGUUCAUGCCCUUCCAGUCGUACUCGGGCAAUCUCUUCCGCGAGCUCUGGCUGCCAUUCUACAUGCACCUCUUCCCCAUUGUGGAAUUUGCCGCAUUUGUCGUCUCAUGGAGCGCUUCUGGCUUCCUCGUCGUCAACUUGUCUCAGUCCCAAGCCUUCGCCGCCCCGCCGUAUAACUUCUCGUCGCAGACUAUCGGCCUGUUCAACCUCGCCGUGCUCGUCGGUGGAAUGGUCGGUCUUUUCACUUGUGGACCUCUCAGCGACUGGGUGGCCGCUUAUCUGACGAGGAGAAACAACGGCGUACGAGAGCCCGAGAUGCGGUUGGUGGCCAUGGUCCCCUACAUUAUCAUCAUGGUCAUCGGCAGCAUCGUUACCAGCGUUGGCUACGACAACCACUGGCAAUGGGAAGCCAUCGUAAUUGUCGGAUACAGCUUUUUGGGAUGUCAGGUCGCUGCUCUGCCAAGCAUUGCCUCGACGUAUGCCAUCGACAGUUAUAAGCCGGUGACGGGAUCGUUGUUCGUGACCAUCACAAUCAAUAAAAACCUUUGGGGCUACGGGGUUUCAAAAUUCCUUACUCCAUGGGCAGAGGAAAAGGGCUUUAUCCCGCCUAUUCUGACAAACGCGGCGCUCAUCCUUUUCUUCUCCUGUUGCGGUAUCAUCUUCUGGUUUUUCGGAAAGAAAUUCAGAGGCAUCACGGCGAACUCAUUUGUACACAGGCUUUAA